AUGCCCGACACUGUGUGCUCGGACCUGUCGUGGCCGGGGUCCUGCCUGGAGAACCUCUCGGCCGGACAAGAACUCGGCUUGUCGAGCCUAGCGCCGCCGUUGCUGGCCCACGCCAGCGGCCCGGAAAACAGCCACCUCGCCUUGCUGCGGCCCCGGCAGGCUUGCCGCGGUCGGUCACCCUCUACCCCAAGCGGCAGCAACAACGGCAAGGGAUGUGCUGAUGGAACGGCGGAUCCUCGUGGCCCGGACGUGGAGACUGGCGCUGGGUCCAACGACGCUUCCGCCGCGAUCGAGCUGAAAGACCGCCUGGCCCUGCACGCCGGUCCGAUCCGGCAGAUAUCGGCCGUGGCGCCCAGGGCCAACGCGCGGCCGACCGUCUUCGUGCGGUGCGACUACAGCGCGACGCUGGCCACGGCUUGUAAGGUUAAGGACCGUCUUGAUCACCUCGGGGGAUACAACGCGCGCGGCGUUUACGAGAGGAGACUGCGGCGGGCUAAGGUGGCGGCGGGGCUGCCCGCUGCGGCGGAGAGCGCGGCAGCGGCACCGGCAGCUAGGGGAGGUGAUGGCAGGGAGGGGGAGGAGGAGCAACUCGAUUUCGACGGGUUCGAGGAAGACGAAAAGCUGGUCUUCUCCAGGAGGUUGACCUGCGUGGCCUGCUCCCCGUUCACCCCGAAGAACGCCGCCUUCCUCGACGAGGAGCUCCGCCUGUUCAGCUGGCACCCCGAGAGGGGGACCGUCAGGCACGGCGCGGGGCCCCUCCCAAUCGCCGCUCCUCCGGGGGGCCCCGAGCGCCCGAGCCUCGCGGCCAAGGCGCGCCGAGCCAGGAACGCAGACGUCGCCCUCGACUACGGAAGCCAUCCCCGGGUGCUGUGGGUCGCGGGGCGGCACCGCGCGUACAGGGUGGACCUCCGCGAAAAGCCGUCGCCGGCGGCGCUGGCGCCGGCGCUGGACCCCGGGGUGUACUUCACGGGGUUCAGCGACUUGUCGGUCGUGGACGGGGGGCCAGGGAGGUUCGGGGGCAGGGGAGAGGAGCCGAGGGUGCGGUCGCUCACCGUCGGCCGUCGGUCGGCCCACGACAUCUUUGUCGCGGCCGGGCUUCACCUGGCCUGCAUGGACUCGAGGUUUCCCAAGGGCGUGGUCGCGCGGUGGGACCUGCCGCAAGAGGUGGACCAGCUGCGGUGGCUGCCGGGGGUGCCGGGCGAGCGCGCGGAGGAAGCGGAAGAGAUUGUGUUGGCGUCCGGACGACGUUCCCCGGGUUUCUACGUGAACACUUGGGCAAGAGACGUGCCGGGGUGGAGGGGAUACCAGGCUCGGCUCGGGCUCGACGACACAUCCCCGGCUGCAUCGGCUGCGCGGCGACCCCUGACGUUCUCGUUGCCGGCAACGCCUCUCAGCGAGGGGGAAACCCGAAGCGGUGGACUCCUCUUGGGCCUUGCGCCAGGCGGUCGCGGUAGCAGUGCUGCUGCCGCGGGCGACGACCUCUGGUUCGUCCACGCGACGUCUGCCGGGGAUGCGUACGGACAGCGCUUGGAGAUGCGCAGGGUCGGAGGCGGGGGAGUCGGCGAGUACGGUGGGAAGAAGGCCGUGCCGGCGUCGCCCCGUAGCGCUCUGCUCUCGGACCGCAUCCAGUCAAUACACAAGGACUGCAGGCUCCCCUGCGGGGACGUCUGCUUGGACCCGGACGCCGCUUCCUAUCAUCGUUCCCCCAGACCUCCUGCGUCCAAGAAAUCGUCUUCGGCAGUCGCUGGUGGGGUUGCGACAGAGGUUGCGGGAGCGGGCGGCAAACCUCCGCGCCGCAACGGUCGCGGGAACGACGAUGGUAAGGACGGUGUCGCCACCGGCGGCGAUUCCAGCAACGAAAGCAGCGGUAGCGAUGAUGGAAGGGGGUCUGGGAGGCAGGGGGCGCCAAGUCGCAAGGACAAGAGGAGUCACGGCGGCAGAAGGGGAGCCGGCGAGGAUCGCCGAGAUGGCGGCGACUCGGAGAGUUCUGGCGGUGGAGAGAGUGAGAGCGGGAACAGGCCAGAGUGCUCAGAAAGCGAAGCCGGUCACAGCGACCAGGGCAGCGGUACGGGCGAUCCCCGCUGGAGACGAGGCCACCGUGACGACGGCAGACGAGAUAGCGGUAGCAGUGAAGAAGAAGAAAAUGGCCGCGCUAGCUCAGAGGAGGCGGCGCUGUCGCCUAGGAACCCCCCCCUGAGGCAUGACGAGACCCCACGAAAACGAACGAGGACGAGAGAGGGACGGGGAGCGGCCCCUAGCGACGACGGCGACGGAAACAAUAGCGACGAAGGCGGCAGUAUCGAGGGUAAGGGCGGUCCCGGUGACCCCAAGGCCGCGGUGGAGUAUUUCCCUGUCAACGCCGGCGCUCUCCGUGCUACGGUGGAGAAGGUUCCCGAGAACGCUCUCUGCAGCCACCGCUACCUGGCGCCGCUGGUGGACUUGGUUUCUACCGGAAAGGAGGAGGCUGGGAAAUGCGGAGGUGACAAAAGCGCCGAAGGCUCCUCGAUACGCGGCGCGGGUUCCGAAGCUGCUGAGCGUAGAGAACGCGACUUCAGCAAGCUGAGAGAUUCGAAAGACCGCGUGGCCGAGUUCUUGCUGAAGCCACGGACCCCCGACGAGCUCCUGGUGUUUUGCCGCCGGACUCUCGGGCUGGAGUUCCUAGCCGACCCCCCCGCAAGACGGCUCCAAAACGAUGACGAUGACGACGGCGGUGACACCCAGCGCACGCCUUCCACCGGCAGUCGAAACACCGGCGGCGGCGGGCCAAGGAGUUCCAAGUCUUGGAGCGCUCGCAGCAAGGAUGGCGGCGGCGGCGGCGGCAGCAGUAGCAGCGGUGGUGAUGGUAGAGUGAGACCACGAAUGGAAGACCCGACGAUCAUGGUCGACAUUGCCAGGGCCGUGCUCGCCUGGGGCAAGCCGUUUCGAAAUGUCGAGACGGCGUGGAGGCCGGCCGCGGUCGGGCAGGGGUAUUCGUUUAUGACGUCUCGUCUGCCGGAACCAACGCCGAGGGUGAGCUCGCCGGUGCUGUGCAGCGCGCGCGAGGUGUUGAAGGGAGAGCCGUCUCCGUUCUUGCGGCCGGGGGCCGUAGGGCCGCCUCUCGCCGUGGACGUUUCCGUGGAGGACGUGAGGUGGUUGAAAGAUGAGUGGGACUCAAGUUGGUGAAAAGACACCCGUCCUGAAAAAAUGAAGGUUGUUUUUCGGGUCAGU